AUGAAGUCCUCUGCAAUUCUCGGUCUCUUUGUUGCCUAUGCAGCUACUGCUAGCGCAGUUCCAUUGAAGCCCAGAAAUGACCAAGUUGAGAUCACCUUCAUUGGUGCUGCCGACGCUCAGUUCACUCAAAGCUUCCCGACUGAUGGAUCAGCUGUCUCAAUCGACAAUCUUCUGAGUAUCUCUCACAUCUCAUCUAACACUGCUGAGGUCCAAUGCACGUUCAAUGGCAUUGACCAUAGCGUGACCGUCAUCAAUGGCGCCGAAUGGGUUGAUGUCGGUCCUCCGCAGACCCAGGUGACUGGGUCUUGCCAGGCUCAGGCAUCGGAUUCAUCUCCACCUCCUUCUACCACUCCUCCUCCCACGGGGGAUCAGGACCACGUGCAGGUCACUUUCCUUGGGGCUGCCGAUGCUCAAUUUACCCAGGGCUUCCCUGCAACUGGAGAAUGGAUUGAAAUCACCAACCCUUUGAGCAUUUCUCACAUUGAAACCAACACCGAUGGUAUUAACUGCGUCUUCAAUGGCAUUGACAACAGUGUUACCACUGUUACUGGUACACAGCAGGUCGACGUUGGACCCCCACAGACUCAGGUCUCGGGAUCCUGUGCAUGGUAG